AUGAGCUCGAAACGCUCCAAGAGGAGGAAAGAAGUCAAAAACAAGGAGGUCAAGAAGGACUUGACGCCACAGUUUGUCAACUGCGACCUGGCAGACAACAAGUACUCUGGGAUAAUCCGCGAGGACCUGCUGGGGUCACAGUUUCUUGAGGGAACCACCUCCACAUACAUUUGGUCCACAGGAACAAAGUAUGAAGGGCCGUUUGUCGCAAGUCAGAUUGAAGGUCGUGGUACGUUUGUCUGGCCAGAUGGCUCUAAAUACGAGGGCGAGCUGCUGGGUGGAAGACGAAAUGGUGAAGGAUGCUACCAAUCCCAUGACAGCAAGACACGCUAUGAGGGCCAGUGGCUUGAUGGCAAGCGCCAUGGGCAAGGAAAACUUACGUACAGCUCCGAUGGUCCUUCCUUCUACGAUGGUGGUUGGCAGGCUGGUCAGAAGCAUGGCUAUGGCAAGCAGUUGUGGCCAAGUGGAAACUGCUAUGAGGGUGAGUGGAAGCUUGGAAAAAUGCAUGGCUAUGGCACCAUGAUUUGGAAGAACGGCAGCAAUGCCGAAAUCUACACGGGCGAGUGGGUGGAAAACUGCCCGCAUGGCCAAGGCACCCACACGUGGCUGACACUUGACCGUCCUGAUUCAACUACUGAAAGCUGGCUCAAUCAACCUUCACCACCACCCUCUGCUGGGCAGAUUGGGCAGGGUGUGCAUGGUGUACGUAGCAUUGGGUUGGUGCCUCCACAGGAGCUUCGGCGACAUGAAGCGCAGAUGCAUGCUACACAACAGCUGAACAAUCGCUACACUGGCCAAUGGGUCUGGGGAAGGCGACAAGGAGUUGGAACCUUUUAUUAUGCAAAUGGAGCUUACUACCAUGGAGAUUGGAAAGGCAAUGUGAAAGAGGGGCAUGGUCGACAUACAUUCGAUGAUGGCAAGGUUUAUGAUGAGAAGUUUGAGGUUGACCGCAUGGUUGACUACAGCAAGCCAGAAAAUCCGAAAGAUGAAAAUCCAGUGUGUGGCUGCACAGAUAUUUCGGACUUGGAACCAAUUCUCAGGCCAGCCGACCGGAUUGGACUUGUAAAGGCACCCCUUAUUGGCUUUGCAGAGCCUGCCAAACUUUUGAGGGGAAUUUUCAACGUCCUUCUUAGGCAUUUGGGAGACUUGCGGGAGGCUUACUCCCGUUCAAGAGCAGUCCAACCUCUUCUUGGAGAGGAUCCACAUGUUAUUACACUGGUCCAAUUCUGGAGCUUGGCCAGAGAUACAGGCGUCCUCACGCCCAACAGUUCCAUUGCUCGGUUUGAUCGAGCAAUUUUUUCUGGACCCAGGCACCUCAGUGAGAUGGCACCUGAGGAUGAGAAGGAGAUGUAUCCAUUAACACCACGACGGCCAACGACCGCUCCCAGACCAGCCUCAAAAGACUCUACGAUCUCAAAUGCAUGUCAUAGGCACAGGACAUCCAGCUCAAGCUACAGCAAUAGCAAGUCUACAGAGCCGGAUGCGACCUCAGCCCCUAUUUUUCGGCAAAUUAGUCAGUCGGGUUGUGCACGUUUGUGUCUCCGAGGAAGACUCCGUGUCGCAACAACCAGAGGCUUUCUUCUUGCAAUAGCUGGCUUUUCAGUAGUUGUGCUUUCUUCGGAUUCCUUCUAG